AUGCACAGCAAUGGGCGAGCCCAAGACGAGCCCGAGGACGACAUGUUUGCUGAAGUCAACGCAGCGGCAGCGACUCAUCAGCUCGCCGCCACUCAGUCAGUCCCUGGCCUGCCCUCCGCCUCUGCCUCUCUUUCAGCUGCAGCCGCCACUAUCUCUCCCUCCUCCGCCUAUGUCAACGCAGCGGCGACUCAUCAGCUCGCCGCCUCUCACUCAAUCCCUGGCCUGCCCUCCGCCUCUGCCUCCAUUUCAGCUGCAGCCGCCACUAUCACUCCCUCCUCUGCCUAUGUCAAUGCAGCGGCGACUCAUCAGCUCGCCGCCUCUCAGUCAGUCCCUGGCCUGCCCUCCGCCUCUGCCUCCCUUUCAGCUGCAGCCGCCACUAUCUCUCCCUCCUCCGCCUAUGUCAAUGCAGCGACUCAUCAGCUCGCUGCCUCUCUGUCAGUCCCUAGCUUGCCCUCCGCCUCUGCCUCCCCUUCAGCUGCACCCGCCACUAUCUCUCCCUCCUCCGCCUAUGUCAACGCAGCGGCGACUCAUCAGCUCGCCGCCUCUCAAUCAUUCCCUGGCCUACCCUCCACCUCUGCCUCCCUUUCAGCUGCAGCCGCCACUAUCACUCCCUCCUCCGCCUAUGUCAACGCAGCGGCGACUCAUCAGCUCGCCGCCUCUCACUCAAUCCCUGGCCUGCCCUCCGCCUCUGCCUCCCUUUCAGCUGCAGCCGCCACUAUCUCUCCCUCCUCCGCCUAUGUCAUCGCGGCGACUCAUCAGCUCGCCGCCUCUCACACAAUCCCUGGCCUGCCCACCGCCUCUGCCUCCCCUUCAGCUGCAGCCGCCACUAUCUCUCCCUCCUCCGCCUAUGUCAACGCAGCGGCGGCGACUCAUCAGCUUGCUACCCGGAUCUCUCCCUCCGCUGCCUAUGUGCACGUCUCGGUUCCUGGCCAGUCCAGGCCCGCCGUUGUACCUGGAUCGACCUCCCUGCCACCUACUCCUAGUUCACUCUCACCCUCGCCCUCCUAUAUCAAUCCUGGGUUGCACCCAACCAACUCAGGUCAGCCUGGCUCCGGCCUCAUCCCACCAGCCUCUGCACCCCCUGCUGCCGCAGAGGCGACCCCUACUACACAAUUGCAGCCGUCUGGACUCCCAUGGGCACUCCGUGUGCGCAAACAGAAGUCCGCUCUCCCAGACCCUGUACCAUCACAUGUGGAGGCCGGGUCGGAUGAAGACUCCGACGAUGAUGACUCCUUGGAGAAUCAAGUUGAGCAUGGUGGUGAACAGCGGCCUGCUGCAACCAGGGUUUCGCGAGCCGCUUUUGAGGCCGCGCAAGUGCAAAUCCGACAACAGGCGCGACACAUAGCUGAGUUGGAGAAUCAGCAACCUCAGCAAAAAGGCCCUCAUGCUGGCAGUCACGCCAUGGUUCAGCGCCAGGCCAAUAUGCCCAGCCCUUCCCAACAGUUGCCGGUUGCACCCCAGCUUGCUCCUUCAACCACUCGACCUUGCACCCAGCCGAAUGCAACACCGACCCUGAUUUUCUCACCGGUGGUGUGGCCACGAACGCAGGCCGCUUUUAGCCGUGCUGUGGCAAAGGCCCACAUCAGACGGCAGGCCAUGGACUGCUCUGCAAUGUCGCCACGGCAAUGCGGGUGGUACAACAACGUCAUCACGGCGUUAGAUGCUUUCCCGGAUGUGAACGGGGACCUUAAGGACCACGUGGAUGAGGCUCUUGAUAUCAUGUUUUUUGACACCACAGUCACUGAUUUUCCCAAUGUGGCCUAG